UCAAUUUUAAAUUAUUUUUUUUAGAAAAAAAAUAUAAAAAAUUAAUGAAUGAAGUUUAUUGUAGCAGAUAAUAUACUUAUAUAUUAGUAUCAAGCACACAAAAUGGGUACUCUAGGAGCAAUUAUUGGAAUGUCCUUUCUUUGUGCGAUAGGCAUUUUGUUGUUGGUUUUGGGAUGCUCACUUGAUAAAUUCAAAACCGAGAAAGGAUCAUGGUGGAUAAUGUUCAAUUUAUUCUUCUAUGUUCUUGUGCCAAUUCCUGCAUUGAUUGUAAGACGACUUGGAGCUGACUUUUCUUCUUUUUCUGGAUCAUCAAAUUUGGUAGUUGAGCUGGCGUUAUUUUUUACAUCUGGUAUAGUAGUAUCUGCUUUUGGUCUUCCUGUUGUUUUAGCAAGAGCUGGUAUUAUAAAGUAUGGCGCAAUGGGGUUGGUUAUGACUGGAAAUUUGUUCAUUUUUCUUACUAUACUUCUUUUUUUUACGGCUUUCCAGCCGGAAGACGAUUUUGGGUUUUAAUAUGCAAAUAAAAGUUUCUUAAGUUGUACCUUUAAAAUAUUUAUAUCAGAUAUAUGGGUCGUAAGCCUCAUUACAUAAAAUUACCACAUUUUUAUAAGCAUCAGAGUUGACUAGACGAAAAAUAGAUCAAACUUUGUUUAACAAUGGUGUAUCGAAGUUGUAGAAAACUACGGCUAAAGUAUAAAAGCAACCUUCAAACAAUGGUUUUCAUUUUUACAACUGAUAAAAAAUAUAUAAUUUUUUACUAAAGAGAAAUUUAAAUAUAUUUUUAAAUGUUUCUGAGGUCGCGGUUAAAAAGACAACGGGAAAAAAAAUGUACAAUGUACGACGGAAGAAAUUUGAAAAACGCGGAAGAAAUUUUUUACUCAGUUUAAUUAAGUUUAGUUUGUUUAUUAUUUAUUUAGUUAAUUAGCUUAUUAAAAAAGUUUUUUUUUAAACUUGAAAUUUACUUAAGACCGUUAGAUUUAAUUUGUAACAUGUUUGAUAUAUAUUUAAUACGAAGAUGUAAAUAUACGUUAUCUUUAAAAUAUUUUAGUUUCUACACCUUUGGUUAACUCUCAUAUAGUCAUGUUAUUUUGUAUUUUUUAGCACAUAAAUAUGUUUAAGCGA